AUGAGUUCAUCACUGACAUUAACUUUGGCUAAUAUUUUUAUGUCAAAAUGGCAGAAAAGUAUUGUUGAAGAACAAACGAAGACAGGCAAAUUUUAUGGGCGAUAUAUUGAUGACAUUUUUAUGACUUGGAACAGACCUGAAGAAGAAUUAAGAAAAUUAUUAGAUGAUGUGAAUACAUGGCAUCCAAAUAUUAAAUUAGACUAUAAAAUUGGUAAUAGUCUUCUAUUUCUUGAUGUACAACUUACAAAUAAUAAUGACAUUCUAUCAACAUCUGUCUAUCAUAAGCCUGCAGCUGAACCAUAUGUUACACCAUUUACAUCUGAUCAUCCUCGACAUGUUUUUUCAAAUAUUAUCAAAACUUCUAUUGAACGUGCAACAAGAUAUUCAUCAACAUUUGAAGCAUUUAAUCAUGAGCGACGUUAG